AUGCACCGGCGUGUGAGGCUAAAGACACGUGCUGCUGGGGGAGCAGCGGGCGCUAGUGACAACAGUAACGACGAGGAGAGCGCUGGCGGUGCUGCUGGUUCACUUGCUGCGACAGGGCGCAUGGCAGGCCUGGGUGCAGCUGAGGCUUUGGCAGAGGAGUCACUAAAGGUGUUCUUCUGUAGCCGCACUCACUCGCAGCUCUCCCAGUUCAUCUCAGAGUUACGUCGAACGCCCUUUGCAGACCAGCUGUUCACAGUGGCCCUUGCUUCUCGCAAGAACCUCUGCAUCAACCAGUCGGUGCUGAAGCUGGGCAAUGCGAGUGCCAUCAGCGAGCGGUGCUUGGAGCUGCAGCGCCUGGCAGCGGAGAGGAAGAGCAAGGCCAGCAAGCAGGGCGACCGGCUCUGGUUGUUCCGUUUAGUCCCGCUGUCUAUGCUGCUCCUAGCCGCUCUCCUCUCAUCCUCACCUUGUUCAUGUUUCAAUUCCACAAAUCGACAAAGAGUUUCAACCUGCCCCUCCUGCACCCCUGCCAGCCUGGAGACCUGCCCGUACUACGCGGCUCGGGCAGCAGCGCGGGCAGCAGACGUAGUAGUGCUGCCAUACCAGUCCCUGCUGCACAAGGGUGCUCGAGAAGCGCUGCUGGGACCAGGGGAAAAGGCACCCACAGCCAGCAACAGAGCAGGCACGGUCGGAACAGCAGGGCUUGUGGGAUCAGCAGGUGCCGUGGCUUUAUCUAGCAGCAGCAGCGGGGGCAGUGGGGUGCUGAGCAACAGUGUAGUGGUGGUGGAUGAGGCACACAACCUUACGGACGCGCUGGCAGGCAUGCACAGCUGCACCCUGUCCGCCCGGCAGGUGCAUCUGGUGCAGGCGCAGCUGGCGGGGUACCUGGGGCGGUUCAGGCACAAGCUGGGCCCGGGGAACCGGCGGUAUGUGCUGCAGCUGCAGGUGGUGGCUCGAGGCAUUGCUGCUGUCAUCGCCGGCGCCAAACAGCCGCGCAUGCAGGGCAUAGACGAGUUUCUCUUUUCCCUGGCGGUAGACAACAUCAACCUCUUCAAGCUCCACCACUACGUGCAAGCAUCCAACAUCGCGCACAAGGUCUCAAAACCCCACCACUACGUGCAUCCACACCAGGUGAUCGAGUCAGGCCAGUUCAAAACUCUUCCCAAUUCCUCCUCCACCUUCCGUUUCCACCCUGUCUCGUUGCCCUUCCUCCCUGUUUCCUCCGAAAACCCUUCUCCAAUCCCAACCCCAACCUCACAUGUGCCAACAGAUCAGCUCCUAUGCACGAGACAUGGCACCCUCCAGCCCCUUAACACCAUGCUGAAACUGCUCUUUCUUGUGCUACCCCCUCUCUCCUGUCCACUCUCAUAUCCCCUCUGCCGCUCUUUCCCUCAGCUCCUCACAUCAGCGCGGGCCAUCAUCCUAGCAGGCGGCACACUGCAGCCUCUAGACACCAUGCUGGAUCAGCUCUUUCCGUCCCUGCCGUCUGCCCGCCUGCGCCUCUUCUCCUGUGGUCACAUCGUCCCUGGGGAGAGUGUGCUGCCGCUGGCCAUUGCCAAAGGGCCGUCUGGGAAGAGCCUUGAGUUCACUUUCCAGUCACGCAGUGAUCCAGCCAUGAUCACAGAGCUUGGCCGUCUCCUCGUGAACGUGUGCUCCGUGGCGCCGGGCGGCAUCGUCGUCUUCUUCCCCUCCUUCGCGUACCUGCAGGAGGUGCUGUCCGCCUGGCAGGCCGGGACAGCAGGGGAAGUGCUCUCCAUGAUGGAGGCUCGCAAGGGAGGCGUGUUUAUAGAGCCUAGGGGCGCUGCAGAGGUGGAGGCGGUCUUAGGGCAAUACAGAAGGUGCAUACAGGGGAAGGGUAUUGAGGGAAGGGGGUUGCAGGGGAAAGGGGGGGACCAGGGUAGGGACGUUCAGGGGAAGGGUAGUCAAGGGAGUGGGCAGGGAGGUGUGGGUACCAGUGGGGGUGAUUUGCAGGCGGCGAAUCGGGUGUCGCCACGUGGCGCGGUGCUGCUGUGUGUGAUGGGGGGGAAGAUGUCGGAGGGGAUUAAUUUCAGUGAUGACAUGGGCAGGGCAGUGGUGGUUGUGGGCCAGCCCUUCCCCAGCCCGUCGGAUCCUGAGCUGAAUGAACGGAUGAGAUUCAUCGACAGGCUUGCGGGCAACAGCAGCCGCAGCAUCGGCACCACUGCUCCAGAGUCGGUCGCUGGGAGGCAGGGCGGUUGUACAGCCAGACCCGCGGAGUUGUCCGAUGGGCAGGCAGCGGGUGCAGUGGCAGCGGUGCUGCGGUCGUGUGGGUCCAAGGGGCGACAGCUGUAUGAGGACAUCUGUGCCAAGGCUGUCAACCAGUCCAUUGCCCUUUUCCUUCUCCCCUUCCCCCUCCCUCACACGUUCCUCGUGUCUGUUUCUACAGUUCUUGCUUUACUAUUCCACUUAUCUUGCUUCCAGCAGUCCCAAACCCCCCGCUGA